UGAUCCAUCAAAUGCUGCCAUUAAUUCUACAUGUGUCAAUGUCUGUACUGCACUUGAAAUUCUUUUGUUCCUCAUUAACGUUUUGAGAAGCUAGGUGUUGAUACUGCUACUGUUAAACAGAGUGUUCAAGGUCUCAUGUUUCUACUAGUUGAAUCUUCGAAACUAUCAGUCAAUGAAAUUGAUUUUUGGAUUCUAUUAUGAUACUUGGAUUUGACGAGGAGCUAAACAAGGAAUUGUAUGCACUAUAUGAGGAGAACAGUUCUGAGAUAAGGUCCCUCCUAAUGAGUAUGUCCCUUGAUCUUCCUCACUACACUGACCUGGAGUGGAGACUGGAGGCACAACUGAGCUCUAGAUCACUGGAACGACAAGUACAACCAUCAAUACUACUGAGACUACAUGCUGAGGAGGAAGAUGUUCCUAGUGUUCAUACGAUAGAGACUGAUCCUGUUAAUCUCAUUCAUUUGACUAACAGUCUUGAGACAGCACUAGCUGAAAUAAAGAGUCAACAUUGCAGACGAAUAAUGAGGGGCAUUAAAUAGAAAAAGUAGAAAUAUAAUUACAUUUUAGUCUGUUGUGUUAUUGUUUGUAAGUGAUCUAAAGUGUGUUUGUUUGUUUAUUUGAACUCUUUAUGUAGCUUGGCUGUACACUUAAAUGCAUUAAU